GGAAAUCAUGCAUAAUUCAUGAUGGAUUUCCAUUCCGUCGAAAAUCAAGUUUACGAAGUUUAAUCGAAUAAGUAUUGUAAAUCUCUUUCCAUAUAUAGGUCAAUAUUAUAACAAAUGCGGGGAACGGAAAGUCUUAUAAAAAAGACGCAUAAUCGAUGGCCGAUACAUUUCUGAAUCCUUAGGUCUCGAUUGCGCCUUUCAUCUCGAAUUUCCCUUGAGAGAAUCCGAAAACGCAACCAAGAGGAUUCGUAAGGCGAUACACGAGACGUAACAUUCGUUGAAAGAUGUCAUUCGCUCGUAUCUGGAGACUGUCCGAUUUGCGAUGCCUAACAUUUCGACAUUUCCGACGAAAGCUCGGCAUAUCCGAGAGAUCGAAGGGCUGCGACUCGCGAACAUCUCGAGAAACCGAUCCAUGUUCCUCGUCGAAGGAUGAUGAGUACUGUCCUCCUUGCCCAUCAUGCCCUCCGCCGUGGAGACCAUCGUGUCCUCCUCCCCGGUGUGGGCCAUCAAUUUAUUACCCGCACGUCGAUCCACGCAAGCAGGCAUUUUGGCGUAUACUGUCCCUCUGCGUCGCGUUACCGAUCGUCGUGAUCAUGUCGGCAGUUACUUAUGCACGUGUUAAAGAAAAAGCGAAGAAGCCGAGGGAACCGUUCCAGGAUCUCCCGUACAUGUAUCGUCGGACUAAGCCAUUUCCUUGGGGCGAUGGCAAUCACUCGUUCUUUCAUAAUCCCGUGAUGAAUCCAAUACCGCCGCAUGGUUAUGAAGUCGAAGAUCCGAAUGCACCCAAGAAAGCGGGCAAUUAGUAGAAGCGUGGGAAUAACUUGGUCCUGCUAGUGGCAGCUGAAAAUAGCGGCGAGACAAAUAUGACAGCUUGUCUGCUCGACACGCGGCGAUCGUUUUAAUUUUUAAUCGUUUCUUGUCGCUUUAGCGAGAGAGAGAGAGAGAGAGAGAGAGA